GCAGCUGCACUUUUAUUGUUUUAUAUUGUUAUACUUUAUAUAUUACGAAUCUUUUGAGAAUCUAAAUUUAUUGACUAUAAACACCGUUUUUCUAUCUUAUUCAUAAAAAGGGAAAUAGUUUUUGAUUGCUAUUAUUAUAUGUAAUAAUAUUAAGUACAAAAUGGAAGUAGUGGAGAUACAGAAUACAAAGAAGCAGGUUCAACUGCCGUGCCAGAAACCAGCAGAAUGCCCCUGUGACAUUAAAUGCACAAGGAAAUACGUGCAACCGUCUCGAGCAAAGUCAUUCGCUCCGGUGAGAACGUAUAAGCCUCCUUCGAAAUUAUUCGAAAAUAAUACCACAUAUCACUUAUCAUAUUUAAACGUGGAUCAUGCGGAAAUGCGACGCAGCCGAUCUCAACCUAUCCGACCCAAACCUGCUCUCACUAAAUCCGAUGCUCGAUUUCUCGGUGAAACGACUAAUCAAUUGAGUUACAAACACAUUGGGAGUAUUCCUAAAACAAAACCAAUCAUACCCAGGCAAAGGCCGAUGAUCGGAUCUGGUCGAAUGGAGUCUGUUACCACAAUUCGUCAGGAUUACCCGCGUAAAUACGUGGACAAACCAGAAAUUAUAAUACCUUGUGGGAACAUUCGUUUAAGUUCCGGCAAGCUGGAUGCUAGUACCACAGCGAAACUUUCUUAUGCGGACCCAGGCUGUACGGAACCGACAUUGAACUUCAAACCCAUAGCGAUUUACUAUCCACCUAGUGAACCGAUUUUUACUGAUACUACACAGAAGUUAAGUUAUCAACCUGUUCACAUUCCAGAAAGAGAUACGUACUCCUGGCAGCAGAAACCAAUCUACCAAGCUCCAGAUGUUGCUAUGUGCGGAAAGACAACGUACACUGAAAGUUUCUUAAAGAACGAAGAGCCAUGCAUGGAGAAACCUGUACGGCCGACUGCUGCCAAUGUCUUUCCUAUCGGUGGUGAAUUUCACUCGGAUACUAUUUAUAAACAAAGCUAUUUGCAAUCGGCUAUCGUUGAACGAGUGGAACCUGUUAUUCCUUGCAAUGCUAUCUCGAAACCUGAUGGCAAAAUUUCAACAGAUACAACAAGCAAAUUGAGUUACCUACCGGUCCAAAGCGAAAGACGUUUGCCGAUAUUACCUCGAAGCAGAAACAUGAUAGGCGAUGGUCUAAUGCAAUCCGAAACUACCAACCGUUGCGAUUUUGUGGAAAAAAUUACGUUACGACCGGAUCUCAUUAUUCCAUGUGAUAAUCUUCGAAGCCCAGAUACACCUAUUGACGACAGAACUACAACGAAACUAUCUUACGCGAAACCUGGGCCAGUAGAAUGGGUUAAAAGCUUUAAACCUGUCGUUCAGUAUCAGAGAUCUGAAAAAAUUGAAUAUGACACUAUAAACAAACUAUCGUAUCAGUCUUGGACUCCGCUUCCCAAGGAACAUAUACCAUGGGCAUCUAAAGAAAAAUAUCAACCACCUUUAGACCCUAUGUGUGCUGAUACUAUUUACCAAGUGAGUUAUCCCGCACCCGGAUAUUACGAAGAUACUUGUAUGCCAGCUGAUUGCGAAUGUUUGGAUUUCAAAUACGAUAAUCUCCCGGCACAAAUAGGUGAAACUGUGACGUGUGAAUGAAAUACGAACAAAAAUAAUUGUAAUCCGAGUAACAAAACUUCUGUAUAACUUAUUUUCUAUUUUCCCAUGUAUUAACUUCUAUUUUCCCAUGUAUAAAU